CUGACUCCGAUUCUUCGUCGUCGCUGCUAUGGGACGCGUCGUGAUCGUCGUCCUCGUCGCUAGGAUCGCUCGCUAUCUCCUUGCCCUUGCGCUUGUUCUUCAUGCCGCCAAAAACCCUGGCCCGAGAUUAGGGUUUAUGAGAAUGGCGGCAGAGGGAGGCUUGAAGGUGAGCGCUGUGAAUGGCGUUAAGGUCUACUCGAUCACGGGGCAGCGCGUGGUAGCAUCGUGGCAGAAGACCGCCAGGCGCAAAUCCAGGCGCAAGGAUGAAGAAUUUUUGAGGAGAGUGGAGCUCAUCCAGGAUCUAAAGUUCAGUGCUGCUGCCACGAGGAUGAAAGUCACUCCGGAUCAAGAAUGUAUCAUCGCCUCUGGUGUCUAUCCACCACAAGUCAGAGUUUACGAGCUCAGAGAAAUGUCUCUCAAGUUUGAUCGUCACUUCACCUCUGAAAUCGUUGAUUUCCAGGUUUUGGGGGAUGAUUUCUCCAAGCUCGCAUUUCUUUGCACAGAUCGAUCCAUAUGUCUGCAUGCAAAGUUUGGACGCUACUACAGCACAAGAAUACCCAGGAUGGGGAGGGAUCUUGCUUAUGACAAAUGGUCCUGCGAUCUUUUGGUCGCGGCGUCCUCUCCGGAGAUAUAUUGCUUGAAUUUAGAACAGGGAAGGUUUCUUGCUCCUCUUUCAAGUCGCUCUCCUGGCGUCAAUGUUAUUGGAAGAAGUCCAGCCCAUGGUUUGAUCGCUUGCGGAGGUGAAGACGGUGCAUUGGAAUGCUUUGAUUUGCGUCAAAGGGCUGCAGUCGCACGGAUCGACGCCGUAAAGCCAACGGGAAAUGUUGAUCAGGAAGUAACAGCCUUGCGCUUUGACGAUACAGAAGGACUCUUCCUAGCUGCGGGAACAAGUGCUGGUCAGGUAUUAGUCUACGACAUACGCUCUUCUGCACCUAUAGCGAUCAAGGAUCACAUGUAUGACGCCCCCAUUGUCGACAUAAAAUGGCAUGGAGAUCUUUCGUCACCCAGGAAAUUGGUAACUUCGGAUACAAAGGUUAUUAGAAUCUGGGAGCCUGAAACGGGAAAAAGCAUAACGAACAUAGAACCACCGAAUGGCCACAUCAAUGAUGUGUGCGUCUUUCCGAACAGCGGGCUGAUAUUUGUUGCCGUGGACAAUACUCAAAUACCUGCAUAUUUUAUUCCCGCUCUGGGACCGGCUCCAAAGUGGUGUUCGUACUUGGAAAAUCUUACGGAGGAACUCGAGGACGGUGCACAAACUGUUAUAUAUGACGACUACAAAUUCGUGACAAAAGAUGAUUUAGAACGUUUGAAUCUAACCAACUUAAUAGGGACGAAUUUGCUUCGAGCAUAUAUGCAUGGAUACUUCAUAGAUCAUCGCUUGUAUGGCAAGGCAAAGUCGAUCGCUGAUCCUUUUGCAUAUGAAGUAUAUCGACAACAGCGUAUUAAGGAGAAGCUGGAUGAGAAACGUGCAUCGCGAAUAACAGUGAAAAGAAAGCUCCCGAAGGUCAACCAGGACUUGGCUGCUCGUUUGAUAGCAGCCGGUGACGAGGUCGAUGACAAGAAGAAAAAACGUCUACGUUCUGAAAUUCUCGAUGAUGAACGUUUCGCGUCAUUAUUUUCAAACAAGGACUUUGAGAUUGACGAAACGGCAGAAGAGUACAAAGCUCGGCAUCCAAACGAGACAAACAAAAAGAACGCAUCUUUGAUCCAAGAGCAUUUCGAAUUGCAAGAGUCGAGUGGCUCCGAGGGCGACGCCAGCGGCAGCGAAGGCGAAGACAAGGAAACGCACAAAUCCAACUCGGCUCCGAGGCUUUACAAGGCUAAAGACGAGAUCCAUGCCAAGGCAUUCCGGGACAAAGUUUCGCUGGCUGCCGAGCACAACAUGCCCAUGGAGGAGCGCGUCACCGCAGCGCAAAGCAGCAAUCCCGUGUCAGGUGGGCGAUGGGGCAGCAGAGAGCUGAGUUUCUCACGACAGGAGAGGAAACAAGAGCGUCCCCAAAGAGAAAGCCAGAGCUCAUCAAAGCGAGGGAUCCAAUCGCUGGGAUUGAAGUCCGAGGACAGAGGUAGGCCAAGUAGCCGUGGAAGAGGACGAGGAGGAAGAGGGCGGGGCCGAGGAGGACGAGGGAGAGGCAGAGGAUGAUUAUAAUGCCGUGAAGUGCUGGAUCAUGGUGAGCUGGUGGUGUUUCGCGACGAGGAUCACGAGAUACAGAACCUGUGGGAUGGUUCCUAGCGAAUUUUUCUGGUUGAUUCCAAAGAGUGGGGCUGGAAACUCAUUACGGCUUGUCCUUCCGUCAGCUGGAUCAGGACCGGCUUUCAAAUGCAUAAUGAAAAAUCGUUUCCAACUGA